AAAACAGUGGGAGGAGAGAACGAGAGACACGGGGAAGACUGGGUCACACGUACUGUCCCCACGGUCUUUUAAAGUAAAUCUCUACAAGAGAACGUCCGGAACUGGAAAAGUGGGCUACAUUCUGAAAGGGUAUUUUUGACCACCGUAACAAGAUGUGUACCCCGCGCUGUAUAGGGCAGCUGGCGUGCUGCUGUGGCUCGGCAGGCUGCUCCUGUUGUUGUGGCUGCUGUCCUAAAAUCAAGCAGUCCACAUCGACACGCUUCAUGUACGCCCUCUACUUCCUCCUCGUCACCAUCAUCUGUGUCGUCAUGAUGUCACCCACCGUGGAACAGGAGAUGAGGGACCACAUCCCAUUCUACAGUGACCUGUGUGAGAAGCUGAAUGCUGGUGAGAACUGCUCUACCUUGGUGGGUUACUCUGCUGUGUACAAGGUCUGCUUCGGGAUGGCCUGCUUCUUCUUCUUCUUCUGUAUCUUCACCCUACGAGUCAACUCUGCUACGGGCUGCCGCGCCGCCAUACACAAUGGGUUUUGGUUCCCGAAGUUCAUAGUGUUGUUGGCCUGCUGUGUUGGAGGAUUCUUCCUGCCAGAGCAGGACACCUUUCUGGAAGUGUGGAGGUAUGUGGGAGCUGUAGGUGGGUUUUUCUUCCUGCUGAUCCAGCUCAUGCUGCUGGUGGACUUUGCUCACAGAUGGAACACUAACUGGAGUUCAGGUGUGAAGGACAACCGUCUGUGGUAUGGGGCGCUGGCUCUGGCCACCUUGGUGUUGUUCAGUGUCGCCGUAGGAGCUGUGGUGUUCAUGGCUCUGUUUUACACACACUCUCAGGCCUGUCUGCUCAACAAGGUGUUCCUGGGGGUCAACGGCAGCCUCUGUUUCAUAGUCACUAUGCUGGCUAUAUCUCCCUUCAUACAGAGACUCCAGCCUAAGUCUGGCCUGCUCCAGCCAGGAGUGAUCAGUGUGUACGUCAUGUACCUCACCUUCUCAGCCUUCUCCAGCAAGCCCAAAGAGAUGUUGGAGGUUAAUGGGGUGAAUACGACAGUGUGUGUGUUCCCUUUCAACUCUGGUUCAGAGAGCGACAAGAGGAUCGUAACAGGAGUGGGAACUGUCAUCCUGUUCGGCUGUGUGCUCUACUCCUGUUUGACGUCCACCACCAGACGGAGCUCUGCAGCGAUGCGUGUGAUUAGGAACAGCGUGCCUGAGACUGAAAGAGCGCGCUGCUGUUUCUGCUUUGGAGAUGACACAGAUGACUAUGAUGAGGAGCAGACUGGAGGAGGACAAAAUGUUUUAUAUGAUGAGAGACAGAGAACCAUCUACAGCUACACCUACUUCCACUUUGUCUUCUUCCUGGGUUCACUCUACGUCAUGAUGACUGUCACAAACUGGUUCCACUAUGACAACCAUAAGAUAGAGAAGCUGCUGGAUGGCAGUUGGUCUGUGUUCUGGAUCAAGAUGGCGUCCUGCUGGGUCUGUCUCAUCCUCUACAUGUGGACCCUGCUCGCCCCCAUGGUCUGCCCCAAACGCUUCGAGGCCUAACACACACACAUGCAGACACCGAAACACAGCCCAACAUUAUUUUCAGCUUUCUACAUGGGUCUUUUGUGUUGCGUUUUUAAUGUUUUAUAUUGACUUUUUGACCAGUUAUGAAUACUUUAAGCUAUUGUUGCCGGGAAGGCAUUUGAUGUCUUUCAUUUGUACUAUUAUUGAUGUAUGGGGUUACAUUCAGGUUGGACUCAUAGCUUGACUCUUGGGGGUGCCUAAAACAAUGGGCUGGACCAAUGUUCAUACAAUAAUGUAUGUGGCUCCCCAUGGUCCUAGAGGUGCCCAGAUUCUGUUAUGGGAGUGUCCAGCACCAAUAUCAUUUCAACCCUGUUUACAUGUUUGCUUAUAUGUGUGAUUCCCAUACUUGUCUCUGUUAUUCUUUUAUUCCCAUGAAGAGAAGUUUCAUUUCUCAGGCUCAU